GCACCCGUGUUGGAGGGCGAGGCCACGAGCACGUGCAGGCGCGUGGGCCACUGCUGCACGAGGUGCCAGACAUGAAGGCCGCCAGGGUGCUCUUGCCGGUGCCGGGGGGGCCCCACACCACCUACGGGUGCCGGGCGCCGGGCUCCAGCGCGGCCGCCACCACCCGCUGCUGCCCUCGUUCAGCGAGGAGGGCAGCGGCGCGGCGCCGGCGCCCAGGCCGGGCGCGCGCCGGCCGUCCGCGCCCGGCACGCUCUGGAAGAGGGCCUCGCGCCUGCGGGACGUCCAGGGCCCGGUGCAUCGCCACGUUCUGGAAGCGCUGCGGCAAGAACUCGACGUCGAACGGCCCAGUCGCGGACGCGAGGCUGCUGGUCCGCCGCGAGCAGCACGGCGCCGCCCGCGCCACCCGCCUGCGCGGUGGCGCGGUAGGCGCGCGCCGCGGAGCAGCGGAUCUCGAUGCGCACGCCGCGCAGCAGCUCCUCUGGGGGCGCCCCGAGCUCGUCGUCCUCCGCGGCGUCCAGCCGGAAGAGCCCGUCCCCCGCCUCCGGCAGGGCGUCGACCCUGAAGCGCCGCCGGCUCACUCCAGCGUCACGCCGAGCUCCUCCACCCAGAGGCCCUCGUGGAGCCGGGCGGACCGGCGCUCCCAGGCCGUGAGGUCAGGGGCCCCGGCCGCCAGCCU